AUGGCUUGUACAUCGUGUGGCACUCUACUGUUGGUAGAGGAUGGCCAUGAAUUGUGCCCCCAGUGUCUGGGGGUGGGGCACCUGAGGGAGGCCCUCUCCGACCCCUGCAUCAACUGCAGCAUUUUGCCGCUCUCGGUGAGAGAGGACCGGCUGCGUCAGGUGGAAGGCCUCCUCUUUAGGAGCGACCUCCCACCCUCUGGGCCCGCUCAUGUCAGUGCAGGUUCCCGCAAAAAGCACCGGGACAAGCGCAGAGCGGGGCCCCAUGACGAGCGCAGUGGCCCUACGCAGAAGAAGGCGAAGGAUGCUCCCUCACGCAGUGAGAUGGAGGAUUUAUGGGCUGAACUGGAGCAGCUUAAGGCCUUAGUGAGGGAGCGGGCUCUGCCCUCCCCACCUCUGGCGGUCCCCUGGGAGUCAGAUUGUGGAGACGAUGCUAUGUCUACCAGGGCUUCAAACUCCAUGUUUCAAGGCCGUGACAGUGUGUUUGGCUCUGGCGAGUAUCCCUCCCCUGAGCUGCCGUGUCUGGUGGUUGACCCAGCUAGCAUACAGGCAGAGGCUGGCUCGGAGACAUCCCUCAGGAGCUCUGGGAGCACUGAGCUGGGAGAGGGCCCCUGCCCUUUGCAGGCAACACUGCGUGCGGCCCUGGCUAAGGUCGGGCUGGAUGAUGCGCCCGCUGCCCAACCGGCGAGCAACCCAUUCUUUCGCCGGAGUCCUGUAGCCCCGCCCUUUGAUGUCCCACCCUCGCCUGCUUUUUUGCAGGAGCUGCGGCGCUGCUGGGCAGAUCCAAAGGCGUUUGCCUACCAUGGCAAGGAUGCGAGGACUUUGGCCUCCAUGCGCCAGGCGGAGCAACAUGGCCUGGUUCACAUGCCUCCCGUGGACCCGUGUAUCGCCUCACUGGUCCUUUCACCAGAUGAGGCGCUCAAAGAUAAGGCCCGCUGUCCUAGGCCUCAGUGCCGGGUAACGGAUAGCCUUCUCUCGACGGCUUAUGAUGCGGCAGGCCGCAUGGCUCGCAUUGGGAACUCCCUCUCCGUGCUCAUCCUCGCCCAGUCCCAGAUGUUGCAGUCGGAGCAUGAGGGCGGGGAGUUGGGUGACACUAACGACGCUGCGCUCCAAGCCUUCGGGCUGAUGACCAGAGAGCUUGGCCGCCUGAUGUCCACCCUGGUGGUGACGCGGCGUCAGGUGUGGCUGGCGCAGGCACCCAUGUCUGAUGAUUGCAGGCAGACGCUACGGAAGCUUCCGGUAGUGCCGGGCCAGUUGUUUGGGCCAGAGGCAGAACAGGCGUUGGAGCGCAGGAAGCAGUCGGGUCAGGCAUCAGAGGCCUGGGGUCGUCGGAGUGCGAGCAUGGGACCCCCAGCUCAGCACUCCAGGAGACGGGGCGCACAAGACCUGCGCCGCUCACAUUCCCCGAGCCCCCCUCCGCAGCCCUGGCAGCACAGCCGGGUUGCUGGGGGUGGUGGGCGUCUGCCCAGGGGCGCACACCCUCCACCUCGCCGGUCUCAGCGGGUGCAGGGGCAACACCAGCGUCCCCCCAAACCCCCAAAUAAUCCUCGAGAUGUAUGGGUUUUGAAAACACUGUCCCAGGGCUACAGGUUGCAGUUCCGCCGCCGGCCCCCACCACCCUCCGGGGUCAGGGAAACCUCGGUCAGAGACCGCGGGAGGGCCCUGUGUUUGUCACAGGAGAUAGCCAAACUCUUGGACAAAAAGGCCAUCACAAGAGUUCACCCACAUACACAGAGCUGUGGGUUUUACUCAACAUACUUCCUCAUUCCGAAGAAAGACACUUCUUUUCGGCCUGUGCUGGACCUUCGGGGUCUGAACCAGUACCUGAAGGUCCUCCCAUUUCGGAUGCUGCGUACACGCGACGUCCUUCAAUCUGUCACUCCAGGGGAGUGGUUCACCUCCAUAGACCUCAAGGACGCCUACUUUCACGUCCCAAUACACCCAGACCACAGACGGUUUCUCAGUUUUGCCUUUCAAGGCCACGCCUACCAGUUCACCGUCCUGCCUUUCGGCCUGUCCCUGGCUCCUCGCAUCUUCACCAGAUGCAUGAGGGCGGCCUUGACAUCGCUAUGCCUGUCGGGAGUAAAGAUUCUCCCAUAUCUGGACGACUGGCUUAUAUGCGCCCCCUCGCUCCAGGAGGCAGAGCUGAUGACAUCCAUGGUCCUCACACAUAUCGAGGCUCUGGGCAUGUCGGUAAAUUGGGAGAAGAGCUUGUUGCGUCCUACGCAGCAGACCACCUUCAUCGGCCUGUCUCUCGAUUCCGUAUCGAUGCAGACACGCCUUACUGCAGAGCGGGCAGAGCGGAUUCAGGACCUGCUGCGGUCCUUCCGCCUCGGGAUGAGGUUGCCCGUCCACGCAUGGCUCCGUCUGCUGGGGAUGCUGUCGGCGGCCUCGGCUGUGACACCUCUGGGGCUGCUGCACCUGCGCCCCCUGCAGAUGUGGUUCAACAGCCUCCAGAUGGACCCUCGCCUUCACAGGUGGGUCAAGGUCAAGGUUACGCACCAGUGCCUUAUUCAUCUCCACCGGUGGCGGGACAGCACCUUUCUAUUGCACGGUGUUCCUCUCGGCUCAGUCCCUUCGAGGCGAGAGGUGGUGACAACAGAUGCCUCACCUCAGGGUUGGGGUGCGGUAUGGCAGAAGAGGUCAGUCCAGGGGGUUUGGGGCCCUCUGUGGCGGGGACGGCACAUCAAUGUCCUAGAACUCCGGACUGUCUACUUGGCGCUGAGGCACUUCUUGCCCUUUCUCAGGGGCAAGCAUGUCCUCGUCCGGACAGACAACACUUCGAGAGUGUUUCAUGUCAACCACCAGGGGGGAACCAGGUCGCUGGACUCCCUGAACGAGGCCCGGAGGUUGUGGAUGUGGGCUCAUCCUCAAUUGGCCUCCUUGAGGGCAAUGCACCUCCCUGGCAGAGCCAACGUGGUGGCGGAUUCCCUCUCACGCCGGCAGCUGCCCCCAGGGGACUGGCGGUUGCACCCCCAGGUGGUGCGAAUGAUUUGGGAUCGAUACGGGGAAGCCCGUGUGGAUCUGUUCGCCUCGGAGUGUACGACUCAUUGUCCACUGUGGUUCUCCUUGGCAGAGACCAGUGCCCCGCUCGGGAUGGACGCUCUCGCCAACACUUGGCCGAGAGGCCUCCUUUAUGCGUUCCCUCCGAUUCCCCUGGUGAUGCCCACGCUUCACAGGGUGAGAUUAUCGGGUCACAGGGUCCUCCUGGUGGCGCCCAAGUGGCCCUCGAGGAUUUGGUUCUCCACGCUCCUCAGCCUGUUGGACGGGGAGCCUUGGCAGCUCCCAGUACGGUCGGACCUCCUGUCCCAGCUGGGCGGGGAGGUAUGGCAUCCCUCUCCGAGCCUCCUUCAACUCUGGGCCUGGCCGUUGAGAGGGAAGGGUCAUUCUUGACGCACCUUGAGCCCUCGGUAUGUGAGACCUUGCAGAAUGCUAGAGCUCCUUCCACAAGAAGGGUGUAUUCGCAUUGCUGGGCCGCUUUCUCCU